UCAUAAUCUAACCCAAUCGUAGUGACUCAAGCAACCACUACACCUGCGACUGGCAAGGUUUCUUCCCAUACAUACUUAAGAAGAUAUCAGGGCUCGAUCGCGCAUCAGUUUACCUUUCCUUUCUCGAAUCCUGCGUCCUUGUUCCCCCACAAUGGCUGCGACUUCCUUUGUCAUCAGGACGCCCUGUUCUUCCGCCAAUAUCGGACCUGGCUUCGAUGUGAUCGGUCUGGCAUUGUCACUGUACAUGGAGCUCCAUGUCACAGUUGAUCCCUCAAAACCGUCGCAGCAACCACUCAACUGCCUCAUUACUUAUGACGACCAGAGCAACAGUUCCGAGAAGAUCAGCUUGGACCCGGAGGUGAACCUGAUCACCCGCGUAGCACUAUACGUACUUAGAUGCCAUAACCAGAGGGCAUUCCCUGCUGAGACCCGUGUGCACAUCGUAAACCCGAUCCCUCUGAGUCGGGGUCUCGGUUCGUCGGGCACUGCUGUUGUGGCUGGUGUAGUGCUCGGAAAUGAGGUAGGUAAGCUUGGUCUCAGCAAGGAAAGGCUUUUGGAUUACUGUUUGAUGAUCGAACGACACCCCGACAAUGUCGCUGCCACUCUCUUCGGAGGCUUUGUUGGCACCUAUCUUAACGAGCUCGCGCCUGAAGAUGUAGCGCGCAAGGAGAUCCCUCUCAGUGAAGUCCUUCCCGCUCCAGCUGGUGGCAUUGACACCGGAAAGAGGCCCCCUGAGCCCCCUCUUGGAAUCGGCCAUUACAGAAAAUUCCAGUGGGCCAAAGAAAUCAAGGCGAUUGCCAUCAUCCCCGACUUUGUGGUACCGACGGCCAAUGCCCGAAAUGUCUUGCCCGCGUCGUAUUCGAGAGCGGACGUUGUCUUCAACCUCCAACGCGCUGCCUUGCUCCCUGCCGCUUUGGGCAGCUCUCCGCCGGAUCCAGAUACCAUCUAUCUGGCCAUGCAAGAUAAGGUCCACCAACCAUACAGACAGACUCUUAUCCCCGGCUUGACGGAAAUCCUUCAAUCAAUGAACCCACGUACGCAGCCAGGUCUCCUCGGAAUCUGCCUGUCAGGUGCGGGGCCGACCAUCCUGGCCCUGGCAACAGAUCGAUUUGAGGAAAUUGCAGAGCGCAUCAUCUCUCGUUUUGCUUCCAACAACAUCGCCUGCCAGUGGAAGCUGCUCGAGCCCGCUCAAGAGGGCACCACUGUGCAAUACUAGAGGUUCAAUUCCGGUUGCAAUAAGCUGAAGCUACCUCAAGGAGUACUGGAAUGGGGAGGCGGGGAUGGAGAUGACCGCUAUUCUCGAUGAACAUGGGUCCAUAGACAAGAGCUUGGGAGACCCGGUGGAUAGAACAAAAGUGACUCUAGUUACCUCUCAUGUUUACAUAUCCCCGUCUUUUUCUCUCAUCGGCCUCUAGAAUGUCAAUUCGGAAAUCCAAAUCAACAGAUCAUGUCUCAGCGAACUCUAAGGUGUUGAAGCACCGCCUUGUCUACACACCAAUAGACUGAAGUGGGGCAGACAUCUGGU